AGGAAAGGACUCUGUCUCACCAGUGUACGCCAGGCUGUGAACGGAACCACGUGUGAGUUACAACCCGACUCGCUUAACGUUGUCAUCGUGUUUCAAGCAAACACUGUUCAGCCAUGGUGAAACUUGCAAAGACUGCAAAAAAACAAGCUCCCCCUAAGAAAAAAGCUCCUCCCCCCCCGAAAGAGGUAGAAGAGGACUCCAGUGAAGAAGACAGUGAUGAUGAGGAAGUGACACUCCCAACCAAAGCGGUGGCUAGGAAACCUGUUCCAAAGGUAUUUAAAAAUGGAAAGGUUGCUGCCAAGGAAGAAAGUGAGGAUGAUGAUGAUGAUGAUGAUGAUGACGAAGACGAUGAAUCUGAGGAGGAGGUGCCACCACCUAAAGUAAAUAAAUCAGCCUCAACUAAAGGGAAGAAGAAGGAAGUGGACGACGAUGAUGAUGAAGAAGAAGAAGAAGAAUCUGAGGAGGAGGAGCUUCCGGUACCAAAGAAGGCAACGCCUGGAAAGGCGGCCCCUGCCGGAAAGGCCCCUGGAAAGGCGGCCCCUGCCGGAAAGGCCCCUGGAAAGGCAGCCCCUGCCGGAAAGGCCCCUGGAAAGGCGGCCCCCGCCGGAAAGGCCCCUGGAAAGGCAGCCCCUGUGGAUGAAUCUGAUGAUGAUGAUGAGGAGGAGGAUGAUGAAUCAGAAGAGGAGGAAGCCCCACCUCCUAAGAAAGCAGCACCUCCUAAGAAGGCAACACCAGCCAAACCUGCUCCCAAAGCAGCUCAAGCCAAGGCUGCUAAACAAGAGUCAGAGGAGGAAGAUGAUGAUGAUUCAGACGAGGAAGAAAUGGACACCACGCCAGCUCCAGCUGUCCCGACCAAAAAAGCUGGAAUGGUGAAGGUGAGGGAGGAGUCUGAAGAGGAAGAUGAUGAUGAUGAUGACGAGGAAGACGACGACGACGAUGAGGAGGAAGAAGCAGCCCCUGCUACAACAGGGAAGAGAAAAGCAGAUGUUAAGGAUAUGAGCACACCUCCUGCCAAGAAAACCAAGGCUGAUGGCGAGCCCUUCAGUCUCUUUAUGGGCAACUUGAAUUCUGAAAAUGACUUUGAUGAAAUCAAGGAUGCUGUCGCCAAGUUCUUUAAGAAGGAGAGCCUUGUAGUUCAGGAUGUCCGACUUGGAGCAAACAGGAAGUUUGGCUAUGUUGACUUUGGUUCAGAAGAGGAGCUGCUGAAGGCUCUUGCUCUGAAUGGAAAAAAGUGUAUGGGCCUGCCAAUAAAACUGGACAGGGCCAGAAGCAAGGAGAAUUCUCAGGAAAACAAAAAAGAGAGAGAUGCUCGCACGCUCUUUGUGAAGAAUCUCCCAUACUCUGUAACGGAAGAGGAUCUGAAGGAGGUCUUUGACCAGGCAGUGGAAAUCAGGAUGCCUAAAGGCCAAAAUGGUUCCAGCAGAGGAAUUGCAUACAUAGAGUUCAAAACAGAGGCAAUUGCUGAAGAGAUGUUGGAGAAAACGCAAGGUUCAGAUGUUCAGGGGCGGUCCAUCAUGGUGGACUUCACAGGAGCUAAGAGCAGACAGGGUGGCAAAGGCCCAGCUACAGCAACUGUAAGCAAAGUCCUUGUAGUAAACAAUUUGGCCUUCAGUGCUACAGAAGAGUCUCUUCAGAGUGUAUUUGAAAAGGCAGUGUCUAUCAGGAUACCACAAAACAAUGGCCGUGCUAAGGGGUAUGCCUUUGUGGAGUUUGAGAGCACAGAGGACUGCAAGGAGGCACUUGACUCCUGCAACAACACAGAGAUUGAGGGCCGGUCCAUCAGGCUGGAGUACAGUCAGAGCCGUGGGGAGAGUGGGGGAGGCAGGGGCUCCUCAGGUCCCACAAAAACCCUGUUUGUGAAGGGCCUAUCUGAGGAGACCACAGAGCAGACCUUGCAAGAUGCCUUCGAGGGCUCCAUUGCUGCUAGAGUGGCCACAGAUAAGGACACUGGUUCCUGUAAAGGGUAUGGCUUUGUGGACUUUGACAGUGAGGAGGAAUGCAAAGCAGCCAAAGAGGCCAUGAAUGAUGGGGAGAUAGAUGGCAAUAGAGUGACCCUAGACUACGCCAGGCCCAAGGGGGAGGGCGGCCGUGGGGGUGGCCGGGGUGGCUUUGGUGGUGGAUUUGGAGGCAGAGGGGGCGGAAGAGGAGGCUUCGGCCGCGGUGGUGGCUUCCGUGGAGGUCGUGGAGGAAACCGUGGGGGUGGAAGAGGAGGCUUCAGAGGUGGCAGAGGUGGUGGAUUCGGGUCAAAGCCUCAAGGGAAGAAGAUCAAGUUUGAUGAUUAAAUUUUAUUUCCUUUUGAAUGGACUCGUGGUUUUUUUUGUUUUUGUUUUUGUUUUUUUUUGUCUGUGCGUCUGCUCUAACAGGGCUUUUCGGACAUUCCAGAAAGCAUCUAGUGUGUUGAACCUGUAUGGAGUUCCUCACUUCUCUGCCCUCUGUGACUGUGCUCUGAGAUGUUCCCCUGAACCUACGCACAUCUUCGUUUUCCCUUUUUAAGGAGGGAAAAUUGAAAUGUGAAUAUCAUGAAUAAUACUCUGUUGGUUUAGAUACAAGUUCCUCCUCUUUUUUUUAAUUUUUGUUAAAGUAAGCUUCUUUUUUUUAGUUUGCUUUAGGUGCGUGUUUUAUCGUUAAUGUACAAAGCAUAUUGUAAUGAAUGAACGUUUAAAUUGACCCAAGCUGUUUUUGGGUGUUUAGAAUCUGGUAAAUUGGUGUACUGUCUUAAAUGGCGUGGGAGGUUUUUCAUUCUUACUGAGGAGCUGUCCCAGUGAUGAGUCCAUCUGGAGAUGAAGUUGAGUUUAUAGAGCUCGGUGUUUGAAUUAUAUGUAACUGUAAUGACUAACUUUCAGUAUUUUUCAUGUUUUCAUGUUUUGAAAAUGGAAAAGCCCAUGAAUUUUGAAUAAACAAAAUUUAUUUGUAAAGUA